UGGCAGCCACAGAAGACCGAGUUCCUCAAAUUUAAUCAAGCAAUAGCGACAAACCACGCCUGCCCCGUUUCGACUGCUCUUACCUUCCGCAUCACACCGAAAUGGUCUUCCCAUCACCGUCUCAUUUUUUCAUUUUCCCGCUCCUCUCUGUGACUUUGUCCACAUUCAGCCCUUCGGAAUGAACAUUGUAUAUGUGAUUUUCGUCUUCACCACAGCUAUGAGUGCAGCACACGGGACAUUCAGUGAUGGCUUCGGCGUCAACGUCACGUAUGCUUCACACUUCACGGCUCUGUCAGACCUCACAAAUCCAUGUCCAGACUUCAGGCUACAUCCCAUAACUUCUUAGCUAACAGAGCUUGCAGUAAGCUUUCCGAAGACCUCAUCCUUGCCCUGCGCAACGAACUGCACGCCUUGAAGAUUGCAAGUGCCUGCGAAUCUCUGCGAAACGAUAUUCGCGCUCGCGAUAGCAAGCUCGACAGAGACAUCGCUGCCCUCCAUAAGCACAAUUACAUUCUUCAAGAAGAGAACCGCGAGCUCCACGAUAUGCUCGAGACACUCGUCUCGUCCGCCAACAUGACCCAACCAGUGCCGCUCAACAUCAACGAUACGAAGGCUCUCCCGCCCAUCCUACGUGUCGGCGAUUCCAACUUGACAUACUCCCUCGUCAGCACCGAAGGCAGCCUCGCAAAUUUUCUUGCUGCUCGGCACCUCACCAACGCCAACCACAACUCAACCAGACGCAGCCUCAGCGAUACAAACGCCGUCGCUGCCGGCUUAGCCACGAAACUCAAACCACCAGAGGAUGACUGGCGCGAACCCACACUCUUCUAUACUAUGCUCACCGUUGUGGUCCUAUAUAUUCUACUCUUACUAUGUGUGUUCUUCAAGAAUACAGCCGAUGCACAGUUGAGACAGCAACCGAGGAAGGCGAGCAGGAAUGCGAGCCUUGAAUUUUGGAAGAAGCAUCGUGAAGAGGAGAGGGAGAAGAAGGCUAGACAGGAGAUGCGAGAAGAGAGGGAGAAGAUGGCAUUAGCGGAGCAGAGGAAGGCCGGGGUUGAGGGUAUUCGCGGGUUCAUGUCAUCAUAAUAAUGAUGGGGGUUUGUGAAGGGAAGGGCAUGUGAAAGGGAUGGGUUAAGGAGAGAAGCGAUACAGGCAUUUACCAAAUUGCAUGGUAGUCCAUGACUAGUAGGAGGUAGCUGUGGACACCCUGGUAUCAGAUCCUUGCAAGAGGA